GAAUUCUCCUGCAUGAUUGGCUGCGCCUUCCCAUUAAGAUUAAACGACGAGGUAAAAGAGGUCUGCCGACCAAUCCUUAUUCAGGUCUAUGCAAAACGCGACGAGGAAAUGUAUGGAACUUUUCCGCCUUCACCCAAAGGCUGGAAGCAGAUCCCUAUUGAGGGUUCGCGUACACGUGGAUGGAAGUGGCGGGAAGGCAGCAGCCAACAUUAUCAAUGUGAUUUAUAUUUCCUCUGGAACAUGACGAAUGAGAUUAUAAGAAAGGAUCCUCCUGACGACAAUAUACCGAUUGUUCUUUGGCAUACUUUGAUAUAUUUAGCGAUAAAGAUAGUUGCUUAUGAAGCCGUCGCUGUAGAACCUGAUAUUGCGGGGUACGUCUGGGGCAACAUCGUGGUCAUUAUCCUCUGUCUUGAAGCUGUGGUCUGGGUGCCUCUGAGCAUUCUGGUUAACAGCUACGUAAGUGCUUGCAUGUUUGAUGUCCAAAAGUAGGUCCUGGGCAUUGAUGAGGUUUGGAUGGACGAUAGUCAGUGCAAGGUUUAA